AUGGUUCGACAUCCUUGCGAGCGGUUCGUAUCUGCCUUUACCUACUCGCGAAGUUAUGCAAAUCCCUCAGAGAGGCGGUGGCACCGGCAGAAGAUCGGCGACAGGAAUCUCACCAGCUACGUGGCUUCGAAGGACUUCGGUGGUGACCCUUUCUGGAGAUUUCUUCAUUUUCAGCCCCAGUAUUCGUUUCUCUUCUUCGCCAACAAGACGUUUGGAGUGGACCUCCUUCUAUGUCAGGACAACUGGACCAGAAGCAUGGAGAGGUUGGGCGAGUACUUGAAGCCCGCACAGCUCCCUGCUGACAUGAAGCGGAAGCGCACUCGCAAUACGACACACGCAAUGUGCUCUGACCUGCCCCAGAAGACACGUCAGAGAAUCGAGAAAGCCUAUGCAAUGGACAUCUGCCUGUUUUAUCCAACUGAUGCUGCAACGGCGUGCAAAGGGUUGUCUGCGAAGGAGCUUACUGCGCGCUUUCAACUGUGCAAGUCUCGCGUGUUGGGCAAAAGGCGUUGA